UCCACUCAACCUGCAUCAGUAACGGCUCAGAGCAGACAGAGACACAUCAGCACGUUCAGACAGUUCAGAAAGAGAGAGAGACGGAGAGAGAGGGAGGACCAGAUCAGCACAUCUCAGAUGCUUCUGCACUCAAGUGAGAGAGAGACAGAGAGAAUAAGAGAGAGAGAGAGCAGUAUCAGUUCCUCCAAUGCUCUCUGUGGAUAACGCUCGCUCCUCUGGAGCUCUGUGCUGGAAGCAGUAGCUUUGGAACUCCUCAGGUUCUCCUCAGGAUCUCCUCUGGAUGAGCAGUCAUGGGGGAGUGGACCAUCCUGGAGCGGCUGCUGGAGGCGGCCGUGCAGCAGCACUCCACCAUGAUUGGCAGGAUCCUCCUGACCGUGGUUGUGAUCUUCCGGAUUCUGAUCGUGGCUAUUGUCGGGGAGACAGUGUACGACGAUGAGCAGUCCAUGUUUGUAUGCAACACGCUACAGCCAGGCUGCAACCAGGCCUGCUACGACAAAGCAUUUCCCAUCUCUCACAUCAGAUACUGGGUGUUCCAGAUCAUCAUGGUCUGCACGCCCAGUCUGUGCUUCAUCACCUACUCUGUGCACCAGUCGGCCAAGCAGAAGGAGCGCAGGUACUCCACCGUUUACCUGAGCCUAGACAAAGAUACGGACUGCUUGAAACGGGAUGACAGCAGGAAGCUGAAAAACGCCAUUGUGAACGGGGUGCUCCAGAACACGGAGAACUCCAGCAAGGAGGCGGAGCCUGAGUGCCUAGAGGUGAAGGAUAUCCCCCAUUCCUCCAUCAGGACAACCAAGUCCAAAAUGAGACGGCAAGAAGGCAUCUCCAGGUUCUACAUCAUCCAGGUGGUCUUCAGGAAUGCCCUGGAGAUCGGGUUCCUGGUGGGUCAGUAUUUCUUGUAUGGCUUUAACGUCCCUGCAGUCUACGAGUGUGACCGCUACCCCUGCAUCAAAGACGUUGAGUGUUACGUGUCCAGACCUACGGAGAAAACCGUCUUCCUGGUCUUCAUGUUCGCCGUCAGCGGCAUCUGUGUAGUGCUGAACCUAGCAGAGCUCAACCACCUGGGCUGGAGGAAGAUUAAAACGGCAGUGAGGGGCGUGCAGGCCAGGAGGAAGUCCAUCUACGAAAUCAGAAACAAGGAACUGCCCAGGAUGAGCAUGCCCAGCUUUGGACGCACCCAGUCCAGUGACUCUGCUUACGUUUGAGUGGAGUAACUAAUAAGUUACCUUAUUCUAACUGUAUAAGUGUACGAUGGACUUUCCAUCUCAUGGGCUUCUUUUGUGGAGCUGGUGGGGUAUUGGUUGGUUUUAUUUGUCUCUUGUGGACAAGAAAGUAAGCAGGCCAAACAUUUGUCUGUAUGGAUGUCUCUGAAAGGCACUUGGACAACUUUUAUUCCUGUUUUUAUUUUAUAUUAUAAAUGAGAUCUUGUUAUUUUCUUUGUUUUUUUUGUGUUGACUAUUUGCUACUGGGUCCACAUGACCAGGAGAACCAGUGGCAGAUAAGCAUUGCACUAAAUAUGAAUUUCAGAAGCCAAAAUGAACCCGAAUUUGUGCUGUGAAGGUCUUUUCUUUCUUUGAUCUUGCUUUUUAAACUCCCCAUGCUUGGUAGCAUCAUGUUGAAUGCCACAGAUUAGCUUGUUAGCCUGCAGCUCUGAUUUAUUUAUCUACAUGCAAGUCAGGCUUCUUUACCUUUAUGCUACAAUAUCUCUGUUUGGGGUUUAGAUCAUACAGCUUUGCGUAUCCCGUGGUCUUCGUUGCCUGUGCUUGCACCAUGUACCUUAAAGUGAGCCACCACUCCAUUGCUUUAAGCUGACCUGCAGGCAGUGGAUGCCACAAAUGCUAAUGUGUUACUUUGGAUGUUUAUUUAUUUAUAUAUUUAAUAU